ACACUUCACCUCUCUUUUUUAUUUCUCACGCUGUGGGCAGAAAGACUUACGAUAUCAAAAACGUGAGACUUUUGUUUCAACGAAAGGGGCAUUGAAUAUCCGUAGUUUUAUGCAAAGCUGAAGUUUUAUGCAUGAAUUUUCCUGACUAUAGAUGUAACUUUUAUGUCAUUCAAUAAAUAUGGCUGGAAACAGGCUGCAAAGAACUGGUUCAAUUUUUGCGAGAAUAACAGGUCUUUUGAAAACAGGAGCCAUGAAAGAACAGGAUAAGCCAAUUUGGUAUGAUGUAUAUAAAAUUUUCCCUCCAAAAUAUGAGCCUGCAUUUACUCGAGCUGCAGUGGAAAAAGAAAUUAAACCUAUAUUUUAUCCAGAAGAUAAUAUAAGAGGAAAAUUCUUCGAGCUGUAUGGUUUUAUAGGCACGUACAACUUACUAACUCCAGAUGCUAAAUCUCUUGCACAAAGAUAUGUAGAAAAAUAUCAGUUAUUAGAAAAUAGUGGAAAAUUUUCCCGAGAAGAAGAUUUAUUAAAAGCUGUUGAAUCUGCUUUAGAAGCAGAAGGCAUAUCUUUAGUUAGAAAACAGAAAUGAAGUUUAUGGAAGAGAAUCACAAAAUUCAGCUGUAAUUUAUUUUCAUCUUUGAAAAAAACUGCCUUAGAGAUGCAAACUUCUUUCAAAAAUAAAUUGUCAGCACUUGUGUAUUAAAGAUUUAAUUUUUCC